AUGUCGGCGAACACAAGUGAAGUAGAUAAAGAAGUAAAUGACCUUAUUCGAACAUUGUUAAAUCGUGAUAAAGUGAAAUUAUGGGAAGAACCUUACACAACCAAAGAUGGGAAAGAAAAUAUACCACAAGAACUUGUACAAAGUAUAUGUGCCGAAACUGGUAUUCCAGACACAGUUAUUCACCAAACAUUGACACAAUUAAGAUUACAUGCAUUAGAAAAAUUAGCAGUAAAAAAAGAACAACAACAAAAAGACUUGAUUAAAAUAAAGAUUCGUUCAUCGAGUGAAACGCAAGGUUCUAUUUGUACAACGUUAGAUGUACCUUAUUAUUCUACUGGACAACAAUUAGUCAAUAUUGUUAAGGAUAAAUUAUCAUUACAGGACAGUGAUUUGAAAUUGAUUUGUUCGGGACGAGUAUUAAAUUUUCAGCAAACAUUACAAGCACAAAAUAUCAAAGAAAAUGCCACUAUUCUUGUGAUACAUAUACCAAAAUCGGAAGUCGCUUUAACGACAGCUUCAAAUAUCAAUACAAACUUGGUAGAAGCAGUGCGUCAAGCAGCGGAAAUUUUGAAUCAAAAUGUCGAUUUAAACAACCCAGAUAUUUAUCAAUUAAACAUAACCGAUCAAAAUGGUCGAGAAUUACGAUUACCAGAAAAUGAGCGUCGAUCGCUGACGCUUGCCAUGACAUUGCACGAAAAGGGAAGAUCAUUUUUGAAAAACCAUGAAUACUUGAGUGCAUUGACAUUAUUUUGUGAAGCUGAUAACGAAUUUCGUCAAUAUGCUAGUGAACGUUUGAGACGUUGUGAUGAAUGUUUUACCAAAUGUUAUGGGAACUCAUUGAAGAGACUGUUGGCAGUUGAAAAAGAUGGACAAAAACAUGUUGUUUUAUUUGUUCGAUUACAUUUGUUGCAAGCUAUUGUCGCUUAUCACGCGGGAAGAAAAGUAGAUGCAAAAAAUUUGCUUGAUCUAGCUGCAACAGAAUUGAAUUCGAUGAAGGUUGAUAAUGAAAAGUUAACGCAAGUGAUGUUAAUGGGUUAUUCAGAUGUUGAAGCAAGAUUAGGCCUACGUGCAUCUAUGGGCAAUAUAGAACGUGCAAUUGAUCACAUAUUAGAACGGCGACGAACAAAACAAGACCGUGCGGAAGCAGAACGACAAAGGAUCCAGGAGCAACAUAUUCAAAGCAAAUAUGGAAAAACACAAAACGGGAAUUGGAUUGAUGUUCAAAAAUUUAAAAACUUAGUACAAAUGGGAUAUUCUAAACGGUCGUGUGCUGAAGCAUUGAAACAAACUAACAAUAAUCUAGAACAAGCGCUCGAAGCAUUGUUAACAAAUCCGGAUGUAUUGUUAACAGCAGCCGCUGCUUCUCGACAGCCGUUGGAUAUCUUCGAUGAUCUAGAAGGCGAAGAAGAUGGAAAUGACGUUAACAAUACACAAACAGUGUCUGAUGAACACGUUUCACAUCUAGCGAACUUAGGAUUUGAACCGGAGUCUGCUAAACUCGCGUUAGAAAUUGAAUCAAAUAAUUUGGAAAACGCAGCAAAUUAUUUAAUGCAAAAUAGUGAUAUAAGUGAAUUACGUACUAAAGCACAAGCGAAAUCAGCAGAAAAAGCUUUCAGACGUUUGAAUCGUGGCAUUAGGAAUGCAGCAAAUGAACAACAACGUCGAUUGCUUGAUACCGUAAUUAAUGAUAUAUCAAAGGGGGAUGCUGAUGAAUAUUUACACACUACACUUGAUGAAGAGGAAGCAUUUAUCAAAAAAUAUCGAAAUUUAUUAAAUAACAGUUAUUAG